UGUGAGGUGCUAAGGUAACUCCGCGGCCUUGUAGCGGGGAUGGAGGAGGACGGCGGAGCCGGAGCGGCUCCUGGAGCCCCCGCCGGUCUCUCGGCCUCGCAGCGCCGAGCCGAGCUGCGGCGGAAGAAGCUGCUGAUGAACUCGGAGGAACGGAUCAACCGCAUCAUGGGCUUCCACCGACCCUCGGCGGGCAAGGAUGAUGAAAGUCACACAGAAUCAAAGCUCCAGCAUGAGCAAGAUAAAUCCAUUCCUUCCGUUUCCAAGCGAAUUGUGCUUGGUGACACUGUCUGUAGCAUGGCAGGCACAGCUGACCAUGCAGCCAGCAUGACAGACCUCAAAGGGGAGAAGGACUUGUUCACGAAAACACCAGACCUUGUCAGUGAGGGCACAAGUGAGCUCCGUCACCGUGUCAGAGGGGAACUGCCACCUGAAGCUGCAGCACGGCCACCUCGACACGGAUUAGACCAGUACCUAUCCAGAUUUGAAGAAGCUCUGAAGCUGAGGAACCAGCUGAUGAACGAGAAACCAAGCCAAGAGAAUGGGAAUGCAGCGGAGGAGUUUGACUCUUUCCGCAUUUUUAGAUUGGUGGGGUGUACUGUGCUUGCCAUCACAGUCAGGGCAUUUGUGUGCAAGCACUUGUCAAUAUUUGCACCAUUUCUUACUCUACAACUUGCUUAUAUGGGCCUGGCCAAGUACUUUCCAAAGUAUGAGAAGAAGGUGAAAACGACAGUGUUAACUGCUGCUCUCCUCCUGUCUGGAAUCCCUGCGGAAGUCAUUAGUCGCUCCAUGGACACCUACAGCAAAAUGGGAGAUGUUUUCACAGACCUCUGUGUCUAUUUCUUUACUUUUAUCUUUUGCCAUGAACUCGCUCUGGCUUUUGGUUCUGAAGAACCAUGAUGUAGAAUUGACCGCAGUAGUUACACUAAAGCUUUCUGGACUGUUUUCCUUUAGCAUCUGACUGUGCAGACAGGUUUCAACCUUCAUUAAAAUUCUUAACCUGGUCAAAUACUUGAAAGGAGCCUUAAAUCCAGUCAUUUGGGGAAAGGAAGAGCAGGGUCCCAGACUGCCAGUUGUAUUGGGUCAGUUUAUUUAAUGCUGUGUCUGCCUGUUACAAAUGUGAAGAAUAAGGGGCAAGUGUCAGUGCGUGCUUUAUUUGGUUUAGUUUGAUGAUGACCUUCUCAGCCUCCUUCAUAAGCAUUUACAAAGCUGCCUUUGUUCUUCUCAGGGAGGACAAAGAGAAUCCCAUAGAACAGAACAUAUAGAUACCUAUCUCCAGUAUGACUGUACCUAACAAGAACUCAUAUUGUGGUGGUCCCAUUUUCUUUAAGCAAGCUCUAAAUAAAAGAAAUCCCUUUA